CGCUUUGCAUUCACAAAACCAUCUUGUGGGAAAAAAACAAAGAAAAAAAGAUCCAAAACCUUCCACAAGCCUCGGUUAAAAUCAACGCCGUCGUUUUAAAUAACCUUUGCCAGGAGGUUGCUGAAACGCUCUCUAACUAAGGUUUGAAGAGCAUUAACUUCCACAAAAAUCUACAACAUUCAAUCUUACCAAAAUCCGAUUACAUGUCAUGUUAGACUGGCUUUAAAACUGAAAAAAUCCAUCCAACCAAUCAAGAUUCGAAAAGCAACCAAGCUCAGAUAAGCUUUACUAUACUUUAUCUUUUCCUAAUCUUCUUCACCCAAAUAAAGAGCUCUCUCUCUCUCUCCUUGUACUUCCCUUCUUCUUCUCCCCCUCUGUGAAAAGAGCACAUUCUCUCUCUAUAAAAUACUUCUUUUUUUGGUUGCAGAGAAUUGGAGAGAAAAUCAAUUUCUAAGGUUUUCAAAAUUAUAAUAAAUUUCUCAAAAUUUCAUUCAAAAUAAUUGUAAAAUUUGCUUCUAUUAUUGUUUGUUUUUUCAUGGUGCUUUCAACAGUUGUUGUUUCCGUAUGUUUCCGAAUCAACAAAUUUACUCCAAAGCCGAAUCUUAACCCUCCAUUCUAAUGACUUUCACCAGCAGUGAAUGGCUCUAUUUCACUCUCGCGUUCUCCAUUUCUUCACCUUCCUCCUCUACACCACUCUCAUCUCUCUUUCCUCUUCGACCUUCGAAUCGGAUUUUUUUAUAAUUGAUUCGGAUUCGGAAGCUCUUUUGUUCCAUCAAGACUACUCUCCUCCCGCACCUCCUCCUCCGCCUCCUCACGCCCCUUCAGUAUCUUGCACUGACGAUCUCGGAGGGGUAGGUUCUCUGGAUUCCACGUGUAAGAUUUUGGCCGAUUUGAACCUCACUCGUGACGUGUACAUAGAGGGAAAGGGUAAUUUCUACAUCCUGCCCGGAGUUAGAUUCCAUUGCCCCUCUUUGGGCUGUUCUGUAACCCUAAACAUCAGCGGAAACUUUUCCUUAGGCGAAAAUUCGACUAUAGCUACUGGUACUUUCGAGCUCGCGGCUCAUAACGCUAGUUUUCUAGAUGGCUCGGCCGUCAACACUACGGGAUGGGCUGGAGACCCACCGCCACAGACGAGUGGGACACCUCAGGGAGUAGAAGGAGCGGGCGGCGGUCAUGGGGGCCGCGGCGCUUGUUGCUUGGUGGAGGAUGGUAAGCUGCCGGAGGAUGUCUGGGGCGGAGAUGCUUAUUCGUGGUCAUCAUUGCAUGACCCGUGUAGUUAUGGGAGUAAAGGAGGGACAACGAGUAAGGAGGUGGAUUACGGAGGUGGAGGUGGUGGCCGGGUAAAAUUGGAGAUUAAAGGGUUGUUGGAGGUGAAUGGGAGCUUGUUGGCUGAUGGGGGUGAUGGAGGGAGUAAAGGAGGUGGUGGAUCCGGUGGUAGCAUCUAUAUUAAAGCUCAUAAAAUGACUGGAAGUGGCAGGAUAAGUGCUUGUGGAGGUAAUGGUUUUGCUGGUGGGGGUGGUGGAAGAGUUGCAGUUGAUGUUUUCAGCAGGCAUGUUGAACCAAAAAUUUAUGUGCAUGGAGGAAUUAGUCGUGGCUGCCAAGAAAAUGCUGGUGCUGCUGGAACCCUUUAUGAUGCUGUGCCUCGAAGUCUUACCGUUAACAAUCAUAAUUUGUCAUCAGAUACAGAAACCCUUCUUCUAGAGUUUCCUUACCCGCCACUUUGGACUAAUGUCUAUAUUCAAAAUUGUGCCAGGGCCACUGUUCCAUUGCUUUGGAGUCGUGUCCAGGUGCAAGGACAGAUAAGUCUUCUACGUGGGGUGGUGUUGAGCUUUGGGCUAGCACAUUAUGCAUCUUCAGAGUUUGAACUAUUGGCAGAAGAACUGUUAAUGAGUGAUUCUAUAAUCAAGGUCUACGGGGCUUUACGUAUGACUGUGAAAAUAUUCUUGAUGUGGAAUUCCAAAAUGCUAAUAGAUGGUGGUGAAGACGCAGCUGUUGCAACUUCAUGGCUUGAGGCUAGUAAUUUAGUUGUUCUCAAGGAAUCAUCAGUCAUACAUUCGAAUGCAAAUCUGGGAGUACAUGGACAAGGUUUAUUGAAUUUAUCAGGACCAGGAGAUAAGAUUCAAGCGCAACGUCUGGUCUUAUCACUAUUUUACAGUAUUCAUAUUGGACCUGGAUCUGUUUUACGUGGUCCCCUAGAGAAUGCAUCAUCUGAUGCUGUGACACCAAAGCUUUAUUGUAAUCUCCAAGAUUGUCCCAUUGAACUACUUCAUCCACCUGAAGAUUGCAAUGUGAAUUCGUCUUUGUCUUUUACACUCCAGAUUUGCCGAGUUGAGGAUGUCACUGUUGAAGGUCUUAUUAAGGGAUCUGUUGUUCAUUUCCAUCGAGCAAGAACGGUAUCUGUACAGUCUUCUGGAAUAAUCAGUGCAUGUGGGAUGGGAUGCAUAGGUGGUGUGGGUAGAGGAAAUUUUUUAGACAAUGGUAUUGGCAGUGGUGGUGGCCAUGGUGGUAAAGGGGGGCUUGGAUGUUAUAAUGGUAGUUGUGUUGACGGUGGUAUUUCAUAUGGGAAUUCAGAGUUGCCCUGCGAACUUGGUAGUGGAAGUGGAAACGAGAGCUCAGCUGAUUCAACUGCAGGUGGUGGUGUUAUAGUGAUGGGUUCUGUGGAGCAUCCGUUGUCAAGUUUGUCUGUUGAGGGUGCUGUGAGGGCUGAUGGAGAAAGUUUUGAAGAAACUCUCUGGCAACAAGAGUAUUCUGUUUCUAAUGAUUCAAGCAUAGCUCCUGGGGGUGGCUCUGGUGGUACUGUACUUCUCUUUCUGCACACAUUGACUCUUGGCGAAUCUGCUGUUCUUUCUAGUGUUGGAGGAUAUGGUAGUCCCAAAGGGGGUGGUGGUGGAGGUGGAAGGAUUCAUUUUCAUUGGUCAGACAUUCCCACUGGAGAUGUGUACCAGCCAAUUGCUAGUGUGAAUGGAAGCAUCUGUGCUAGGGGAGGAUUAGGUAGAGAUGAGAGUGGUGGUGGAGAAAAUGGAACUGUGACUGGUAAAGCUUGUCCAAAGGGGCUGUAUGGGACAUUUUGUGUAGAAUGUCCUCUUGGUACUUACAAGAAUGUUAGUGGAUCUGAUAGUUCUCUCUGUCAUCCUUGCCCUGCUUCAGAGCUUCCCCAUCGUGCCAUUUAUAUUGCUGUUCGAGGUGGCAUUGCUGAAACCCCUUGUCCUUAUGAGUGCAUUUCAGACAGAUUUCACAUGCCACGCUGUUAUACAGCCCUUGAGGAGUUAAUUUACACAUUUGGGGGACCGUGGUUAUUUUGUCUUCUACUUAUGGGUCUUCUCAUCCUCUUAGCACUAGUGCUUAGUGUUGCGAGAAUGAAAUUCGUUGGGGUUGAUGAAUUACCGGGCCCAGCUCCCACUCGGCAUGGCUCUCAGAUAGACCAUUCUUUCCCAUUCCUGGAGUCAUUAAAUGAGGUAUUGGAAACAAACAGAGUUGAGGAGUCACAGAGUCAUGUGCACAGAAUGUAUUUCACGGGUGCUAAUACUUUCAGUGAACCUUGGCAUCUGCACCACACUCCUCCAGAAGAAAUAAAAGAGAUAGUAUACGAGGGUGCAUACAACACAUUUGUGGAUGAGAUUAAUGCAAUAGCUGCUUACCAAUGGUGGGAAGGUGCAAUUUACACCAUUCUCUCUAUUCUUGUGUAUCCCCUUGCUUGGUCAUGGCAGCAAUGGCGCCGAAGAAUGAGAUUGCAACGAUUACGUGAGUUUGUGCGAUCAGAAUAUGACCAUGCUUGCUUACGUUCUUGCCGUUCACGGGCUCUCUAUGAGGGGCUUAAGGUAUCUGCAACUUCUGAUUUAAUGCUUGCUUAUGUGGACUUCUUCCUUGGUGGAGAUGAAAAGAGAACAGACCUUCCUCCUUGCCUCCCUCAAAGGUUUCCUAUGGCCAUAAUUUUUGGAGGUGAUGGAAGUUAUAUGGCUCCAUUUUCCCUUCAAAAUGAUAACAUUCUUAUCAGUCUUAUGAGUCAGUUAGUGCCCCCUACUACUUGGUAUCGACUGGUGGCUGGUUUGAAUGCACAAUUACGCUUGGUUCGUCAUGGACGGCUGAGAGUAACAUUACGAUCCGUCUUACGAUGGUUUCAGACACAUGCUAAUCCUGCUUUGAGAAUCCAUGGUGUAUGCAUUGAUCUUGCCUGGUUUCAGGCUGCACCUGGGGGUUAUCGCCAGUAUGGACUUUUGGUGUAUUCUGUUCAUGAGGAAAGUGAACCCAUAUCCUUGGGAAAUACCGAUGGAGGAGUCAGAACUGAGCUACUUUCACGUGUGAAGACAAUGUAUGUGCAAAAUGAGUCUGCUUAUCUAAGAGAAGAUGCGCUUUUAACCCAAGGUCACCGAAGUGGUGAAGGUUUUGCAAGGCGGAAGAGGAGUUACAGAGGGCUUAUAGAUACUAACAGCUUACAAAUGCUUGAAGAGAAGAGAGAUAUGUUUUGCCUUCUCUCUUUCAUAGUCCACAAUACCAAACCUGUUGGUCAUCAGGAUCUUGUUGGCUUAGUCAUGUCAAUGCUACUUUUAGGAGAUUUUAGCUUAGUUUUGCUUACAUUCCUCCAGUUGUAUUCAAUAUCAUUGGUGGAUGUCUUUCUGGUUUUGUUUAUUUUACCUCUUGGCAUUCUUCUUCCAUUUCCUGCUGGCAUAAAUGCUUUAUUCAGUCAUGGACCAAGGCGCUCUGCAGGUCUUGCACGUUUCUAUGCUCUGUGGAACAUAACAUCCUUAAUUAAUGUCGGUGUUGCAUUUCUUUGUGGGUAUGUCCACUAUAACAGUCAGUCGACAUCAAGUCAAAGGAUCCCAAACUUUCAGCCAUGGAAUAUUAACAUGGAUGAAAGUGAAUGGUGGAUUUUUCCAGCUGGACUGGUUUUGUGUAAACUUUUCCAAUCACAACUCAUAAAUUGGCAUGUUGCGAAUCUAGAGAUCCAAGAUCGCUCAUUGUAUAGUAAUGAUUUUGAGCUAUUUUGGCAGUCAUGACCAUCAUUUCAAAGGGAUAUACUUACACGUUAACAAGGUUCUUCUGUUCAGUUUUUUAAUGCUCUAUUUUUGUAUGUAGUUUGAGAGUAACAAGUGAGUUCUUGACACAGAAGUAGAAAUAGAAACAAAAGGAGAAAAAAAAAUCAAAAGAACAAUAUUAGAGUGAGAAAGGCAUUCGUUCUUGGUAAGUUCUCAAGUUUUUUCUUGUAAUUUUGGUAGUAACCAAUGUAAAUAAAGAAUUGAGCAUACUAAUGUUUUAGUGAGUUCAUUUGUAUAUUUAUUUCGAUCUAAAGGUGUAUUGUAGGGAUCCACCUUUUGAAGCUUCACAAUUGACAAGCAUCCAUUUGGAGUUGACUGGCUAACAUGUUUUAAAGAUUUAAAAUGGUUAUUGAGGUUGAAGUCUCUCCUGAUCUUAAAUUUAAUUUUCUUAGUGGAAGGACAGGCUUCAACUUUAAAUGAGCUGUACUGUUCGGUUUGUCUCAGGAAGAUACGUCUUACUGCAAAUUUUCAACUAGGCAAACCGCUCCCUGGGAAUUCCUGCCAAGGUUUAAAUGUCUUGCCAUCCAGUUUAACACUAACAUUCCAGAUGGUAGUCCUCUUCCCUUUGUUAAAAUUACGCAAUUACAUCUAGUAUUUUGUUUUUGUUGGAAUGAUACCAGAAUCAAAACUAUGUAAGCAAACUAUUUAAAAAUUAGUGGGAUAGAGACAAUAAGAUAGCUCCUAACUUGAGUUGUAACAGAUGACCAUCGGUAGUAUUGUUAUCCACCUCAAUAUAAGCAAUUACUUUCAAGAAAAAUAAAAAUUGAAGCAGUCGCAACUGAAAUCUUCUUCAUGGAACAAUACAGGUACUUUGAUCAUUUGAAUUAUAGGAUCUUUUAGAGCAGAUUCCAACAGUUCGCUACCCUUUUCGUACUCUUUAGCAUGUAACUUGAGAAGUCCAUCAAGAUUACUUUUGUGUAAGAUGGAAUUCCUUACAAUAAACUAUAAAAGAAAUUAAUUUUAUUCUCUGAAAUAACAAACAAAUAAUAUAUUAAUCAAAUGCAGUUAAUCUUGCAAAGCACAAAAAAAGAAGAAGGUGUAACAGGCCCAACUACCCAACCCAAGACAUCUAAACGGUUUGGUUUAAAAGCCCAGUCGCCAAAACAGAAUGACUUCCCUAUAAUAUUGAGGAAAACAGAGAUUCAAACUGAGACCGAUCAGAUCGUCGGAUUCUAUAAGUCCUGUAAUUGUUAUAGAUUCCGAAUAAAAAGUCUACAUAUUUCAGAAGGCUGGUUUUACGGUGGAAUUUGUUUCAAUGGGAAAUCAAAGCGAGCCCCUUUACUUAAAACACAUUUUGACGAACAUUUGGCGGGCUCGAAGGGCUUUGCUUCAUCUAGUAAAUUAAACUUUUUUUUUUUUUUUUUUUUACAAAAAAGCUUGUAAUUCGUUAAAAAAAAAAAGAACUAGAUAACCCAACCAUCUGAUUUUGGUGUACCUGAUUCGAGAGCUUGAGGCGGCGAACUUUCAUCUUACCUACAAUGCUUCAUUCGAACGAGUUCAAUUUAUUCAUUCUAAUCUAUCUUUUAAUCUUCAUUGCUAGCAGCUCAAUUUUCAGUUAUGGCAAAAUUUUUGCAGGCUUGACGACAGCGUUUUGAAAGUUGGGAAGGAGCUAGAGGAAACUUUGCUGUUUCGAAUGGGUUCUCGAGUUUACCAACUACAAGCGCUCAAAUCGUUAACUUGGUACAAAGUGAAGAUAUCGUAUCCAGCUUCUGUAUGUAAUUUCUUUUCCAUGGUUUGCCUCUUUGUGGCAUUUUUAUUUUCAAAAACUGAUUUUUGCUUUUUAUUGGAUGAUUCCUGCAAGUUUUUCUUCGCAAUUGAAGAUGGGGAAUUCAGAUUCUGGGUUAAACAGGAAUAGAAGAGUGUUGAAUACAGAAAAUUUGAUAUUCAAAACUGAUAGUCUUGACACGAUUAAUGAUCAGGGUGGGCUGCACGUUUUGGUGACUGUGGAGCCUCAAGAUUUUGUUGCAAUGACCAACACAAAUUAUGGAGAGUUCAUCAUCUUUAAUAUUUUUUGCGAUGAACUACUGUUGGGCAUCCCUUACAAAGCUUGGUGGAUUGUAGUCUUUGCCUUGUUUAGUGUUGGCAUUGAUUUAUCCUCGCUAUCUUCCAUCAUAUCUGCUAGUUAGUCAGAAUGUUGCCAAGCAGUCUUGAGACUUGUGUUUAAGAUACGGAAUAAUUGUAUCAUUGUGGAGCAUCUGUUGAUUGUUAUGUAUGGAGAGGUGUUGGCGUAACAAAAUUUUCAGAAAUGUAACUGUAGCAAAUUUUGGGAAUG